AUGGUCUGGGCCCAGCCCGCCACUGUCCCCGCGCUCGCCACCGCCGCGGCCCGCGCUCUGUCGUCCGCCCUGCUGGCCGCCGCCGUCCUCGUCACCCCGGCCGCCGCGCUCGCCGACGAGGCGCCCGCUGCCGUCGCUGCUGCAGCAGCAAGCGAGGCCGCUGCGCCGGCAGCGCCUGCGUUCGGCCGCAAGGCCCCAGCGGAGACAGUCUAUUUCGGCAACGGCUGCUUCUGGGGCCGCCAGAAGGACUUUGUUGAUGCUGAGAAGGCGCUGGGCCGGACGUCACCCGCUGACAUCAGCUCCCUCGUGGGUUACGCGGCCGGCAAGAAGACUGGCCCCGGCGACAAGGUGUGCUAUUACUACAGUGACCCCCGCACCAUCUACGAAAAGCUGGGCCACGCGGAGGUGGUGCAGGUGGCGCUGACGCAGAGCGACGAGGAGCAGCAGCGGCAGGAGUUCAGGACGUUUGCUGACACCUACUUCCGCCAGUUCCAGCGGCUGCGCAAUGGCAAGAUGCAGCGGCUGGACCCGCAGGACUCGGGGGCGGGCUACAGGAACGUCGUGGGCAUCCCUGGGGGUGUCAACUCCCCGCUCUUCAAGGGCCAGGAUACGACCAUUAGUCGUGGGCAAGUCUUUUAA